UGCUACUAUUUAUCUCCAUUCAAACAAAACACAAUUAAGCAAAUUCAAUUGAUACAAAAAUACUGAUUCGAAUUGGAGACCGAUCUGCCAUACCCAUUGAAAAUACAGAGAUAAAAAUUCGAAAAACGACAAUUUAAAAUGUUCUUACCAGCCAUCAAAUCUCAACCAAUCAAGACAUUACAUGGACAAUAGACUUAUAGGACCGAAUUGUUCUAACAUUGAGGUUUUUUUUUAACAUUAUAUUAAUUGAAUUAAUAUAUCAAUAUACUAAAAAUAAUAAACAACUCCACAUUGAAAUAUCCAAAUUUUGAAAAUCAGGAUUUCCGAUUGUUCGGGUACUGUUUCAUUGAUAUUCCCCGACGGGAAUCAGGAUUUUGGAAUCAGGACAAGAAGCAGUGCAUUUAAGGGCAUAAGGUGUUGGGAUUUGAGUUAGAUAGCACAAUAAAUACCAAAAUCUCGAAAGACGCACAAAAUCAAAAAUUUCCCUCCAUCUUCCAGGAUUUGAAGCGGCUUCCAUUCCAUCCACUCACCUCCAACCCGUGAUCACCACUUUGCUCAUUACCAAACACUCUGCCAAUUCUCUCCCCGCCAUUAAUGGAAACUGCAACCAAUUAUUUGUACUCCGAUCCAUUGCAUUUAAUUCAUCAGGAAAUUUAUUACUGUUUCAUCACUUUUCCUAUAUAAGCGCACCAGUUUAACAUCAAGCCCAAUUCUUGAAACUGCUUCGAAAUGAGGUGUGAUGGGUACUGCAGCGACACCGUCGUGGCGUCUAAGAGCAGGAGGCAGAGGAGAAGAAGAGAAAUCUGCCGGAGCUUCACUUGUAUAUCGCCCUGGUUUAUCUUCUGCCGUUGGUUCAAUGCAGGGAAAUCAAGAAAGGGUUCGAGAAACGGAUUCAUGGAGAGAAAAUGGGAGAAGGAGAAGAAGGAUGGGAGUUUUCAUGCAAGGAGAAAACGUGGGAUGAUGAAAGGCGAAGCAUCGUCUUCUUCCAGGCGUGAUGUUUCAGCGGAAAUUGGGAAAGAAGCCACUUUCAAUCUUGGAGUUGGAUUUGGUCUAAUGUAUCUUGUUGCUGCAAGCAGAAUUGAGCUGAACAAGAUGGUUGAGUUGCACAAAAAGAUGGAGCUGUUGCUUCGAGAUCUCCAAACAGAGCUCCAAAUAAAUCAAGAGAAGAAACCAAUUGAAAUGCCCUCUAAAUCCAGGAUUUCUUCUUCUUUCUCAAACGCUGAUGGUUUCCAGGAAGCCGAAGAACAUAAUUCAGGCCAGUAUUUGUCUUCUCAUGAAGUGGAACAGCCUGAGGUUGUCUUUGGUAGUAAUCGGUAUAGACGAGAAAAGAGUUUGAGAAUGGAUCAAAUUGAAGCAGAACUCGAAGCUGAAUUCCGUCAUAUGCAACUCCAGAUGGACGCUGAAUUCCCUUUAAAGUAUUCCACACAGCAGUAUUCAGAGAUGGAUGUUGAGGACAGCGCACCUGAAUGGAGUCUCAACGUUGACACAUGCAUCGAGCAAGUUAAUGAGCAGCACGAGCCGAGCUACAACGAGUUCUACGGCGUCCCGCCACAAGAACUUGAGAGGAAACUGCACCAACUCUUGGAAACCAGGCAGAAAGAAAGAAUAAACGAACUCGAAUCAGCUUUAGAUUAUGCAAUGGAGCAGGUUGAGGAGAAAGAAAGAGAGCUAUGCUGGUGGAGAGACACUGCCAGCCUCAUUUGUCAUCACAUUCCAGCUUUCCCCGGCAUGUUGAGGCAAGUGAUACAAAUUGUUCACGGCAUGGAAUCAGAGUUUGAAGCUGAGGAGACGGGGACAAGUUUGGUGGAGUCCCACAUGUAAUGCAAAUUUUGAUUUUCAUAAGGUUUUCAGCUGCCCACACUUAUUUGUUUGUAUUUCAUUGCAAUCAUAUUUGUUGAAAGUGAGAUAUCCCUCAAUAAAAUUUGACUGGCCAUUAGUUAGAUGGCCGGGGUUUCAACAAUUGAUUACACCUGAGGAAUCCGACUGGUGGAAAUCAUUCAUGCCUCCCCUGUCUCCCCAAAAUCUCAGCUCUACACUCCCAACAAUGAUAUAUAUAUACAGAAAAUUAAAGAAAAAAAGGAAGGAAAGAGAAACUAUUUUCAAGAGAAAAACAAAUUGAUUAUUAUUAUUUUUUUAAUUUCAUCACAAG